GUUUGACACGUAUGCUGUUUUCAUUGUUUCCGGAUUCAUAUAAAUGUCAGUUGACCAAUUAAAAGCUAUUGUUGUCCUUUGUUAUUGCAUAACUUUCUUGUGAUCAGGUCAUAAAAUAGUAUUUUUUUGGCAGAGCAUCAAACAGCCAAGAAAAUGAGUGCUAUGACCGAGCAACCUUGCUACACAUUGAUAAAUGUUCCAACUGAUACAGAACCAUUGAAUGAACCUCAGUUGAAACAAGAUCUUGAAAAGGGUGAUGUCCAGACAAAAAUUGAAGCCCUUAAGAAAACCAUUCAUAUGAUUUUGAGUGGAGAACGUUUACCUGGACUUUUGAUGACUAUUAUUAGAUUCGUACUGCCUCUACAAGAUCACACCAUAAAAAAACUCCUUUUGAUAUUUUGGGAGAUCGUUCCCAAAACUUCUCCCGAUGGAAAAUUACUUCAGGAAAUGAUUUUAGUUUGUGAUGCUUAUAGAAAAGAUUUACAGCAUCCAAAUGAAUUUGUUAGAGGUUCCACAUUAAGAUUCUUGUGCAAACUGAAGGAACCAGAACUUUUGGAGCCCUUGAUGCCUGCAAUAAUUGCAUGUUUAGAACAUAGACACUCUUAUGUUAGACGUAAUGCAGUUCUGGCUAUUUUUACAAUUUACAGAAACUUUGAGUUUCUUAUACCAGAUGCUCCAGAAUUAAUAGCAAAGUAUUUAGAAGGGGAACAAGACAUGUCCUGUAGAAGAAAUGCAUUUUUAAUGCUUUUACAUGCUGAUCAGAGCAGAGCACUAGCUUAUUUAGCAGCUUGUUUGGAUCAAGUACCCAGUUUUGGCGAUAUAUUGCAGUUGGUUAUUGUAGAACUAAUUUACAAGGUUUGUCUUGCAAAUCCAUUAGAAAGAGCUCGUUUUAUCAGAUGUAUCUAUAGUUUGUUAAAUUCACCCAGUGCUGCUGUACGCUACGAAGCAGCUGGAACUUUGAUUACACUUUCUAGUGCUCCCACAGCAAUUAAGGCAGCAGCCUCUUGCUACAUCGAAUUAGUUGUUAAAGAAAGCGAUAAUAAUGUUAAAUUGAUUGUAUUGGAUCGCUUGAUUGCAAUGAAAGACAGUCCUGUUUAUGAAAGAGUUCUCCAAGAUCUGGUUAUGGAUGUACUUCGGGUUUUAGGUUCUCCAGCAUUGGAAGUUAGAACAAAAACAUUAGCUCUAGCGAUGGACUUGGUAACAACUCGCACGAUUGAAGAAAUGGUUCAGUUACUGAAGAAAGAGGUGCUUCGAACAGCUGGUGGGGAACAGGAAGAUGCCGGCCGAUAUCGACAACUUCUCGUUCGGACGUUGCAUGCUUGUUCUAUCAAAUUCUCAGACGUCGCGGCUACAGUAAUUCCAGUAUUAACAGAUUUCUUAUCGGAAAAUAAUGAGGCUGCAGCAACUGAUGUUUUGGUGUUUGUCCGUGAAGCUAUUCAGCGAUUUGAAACUCUGAGACCACUCAUUGUUGAAAAACUCCUUGAAGUAUUUUCACAUAUUAGAUCAGUAAAGGUACACAGAGCUGCAUUGUGGAUUCUCGGAGAAUACGCAACAUCUAAAGAAGAUAUUGAAGCCGUAAUGAGUCGUAUACGGGCUGCUUUAGGAGAACUGCCAUUACUGGAAGCAGAGAAUAAACGUCAGGCUGGUGAAAAAUCACUUGAAGAUGGAAAUGUUCAAAUUAUGCCUGCACAAUUAGUUACGUCAGACGGCACAUAUGCUACUCAGAGUGCAUUCAGUGCAACAUCUACACGCAAGAAAGAAGAAAAACGCCCUGCACUGGUUCAAUACAUGAUGGAUGGUGACUUCUUCAUAGGUGCCUCUCUAGCUACGACUUUAGCUAAGCUGGCGCUUCGUUAUAAAGGUCUGGAAAAUGACGUGCAGAAAAGCAAUCGCAUGCAAGCUGAAGCAAUGCUGGUGAUGUCCAGUGUACUGCAGUUAGGAUGUUCAGGUCUUCCAACUAAAGCAAUAACGCAUGAUGACGCCGAACGUUUGUCUUUGUGCCUAAGAUCUUUAGCAUGUCCAACACCACUCGUACAGAAAGUUUUCACUGAGGGAUGUCGUGAUGCUCUUGGUAGAAUGUUAACAGCGAAAGCGGAAGAAGAUUCACAGAACCAAAAGGCAAAGGAGAAGCCAGGUAGCGUUGUUCAAGUAGACGACGCGAUACAGUUCCUACAGUUGAGCCGUGGUUCAGAUCUAACAGGUGGAGCUGCUGAUGUAUUUGAACAGAGUUUGAGUGCUGCAGUUGCUGGAAGACCUGGUGCUUCUGGAGAUACGCCAGUUCCCAGUGCUUUGAGCAAGGUUACUCAGUUAACUGGCUUUUCAGAUCCUGUUUACGCAGAAGCUCUCGUUCACGUUAAUCAAUACGACAUUGUACUGGAUGUUUUAAUCGUUAAUCAAACAGAAGACACUCUGCAGAACUGUACUUUAGAGCUUGCUACGAUGGGUGACUUGAAACUCGUGGAAAGACCACAGCCUAUCGUACUUGCUCCUCGAGAUUUCGCAAGCAUUAAGGCAAAUGUAAAAGUAGCCUCUACAGAAAAUGGAAUAAUAUUUGGGAACAUAGUAUAUGAUGUGUCUGGCGCGGGAUCUGAUAGAAGCGUAGUAGUGUUGAAUGAUAUACAUAUCGAUAUCAUGGAUUACAUAGUGCCGGCAACAUGUACCGAUGCAGAGUUCAGACAAAUGUGGGCAGAGUUCGAAUGGGAAAAUAAGGUGUCUGUAAAUACGACAUUAUCAGAUUUGAGAGAGUAUCUCGCUCAUCUAUUAAAAUCCACAAAUAUGCGAUGUCUUACUCCAGAAAAGGCCCUCUCUGGACAAUGUGGCUUUAUGGCUGCGAAUAUGUAUGCGAAGUCGAUAUUCGGUGAAGAUGCAUUGGCGAAUAUGUCCAUUGAGAAGCCAUUGAAUAAACCGGAUGCGCCGGUGGUUGGUCACAUUCGUAUCAGAGCGAAGAGCCAAGGCAUGGCACUGUCAUUAGGCGACAAAAUCAGUUCCACACAGAAAGGUCCCCAAAGUAAAGUGGUGCAAGCCGCUUAGAACGUGUAGUUUUUGACUCAUCGUAUUCUCAGUAUUCGAGUUAUUUCCGGGGAGGGAAAAACGUGUAGCCAAUCGAGUUCAUUCAAGUCGUAAUGGCUUUCGCCAUUUGCCUUCGUCAAUUCCAUCAUUCAAAGUUUCUUCGAAUGCCACGAUGUUGAAAUAUAUUUUAUACGAUCAGUGCAUUAAUUUAUGCAUUAUUUUAAUUUUAUUUCCUUAUGUCACUACCACUGAACGACGAUAACAGUUGUACCCGUGAGCGAAGAAAUAUAUACAUACUCUAUACUUUAGCUAUAUGAGCUUGUAUUUUAUUCUGUUGAAAUUAACGUUUCUUAUACAUACACAUAUUUUUUAAGGAAUAAAGAAAGAAGUACUUUAC